CUCGACACCAUCGCCUCGACGGCCAGCGAUAAGAUACCCACCGGUCGGUUAGUUCCGCCGCCGUUACCGCCGCCCAGUCUAUUGUCCAUUGGGCUCAGCGUUCGGGUAGUGCCGCCGAUGCCAGUGCUCUCUAACACUGAUAAUAGGCCGUCCAUCGCCACCACCACCGCUGCCACCGAUGAUAACGCUGUAAUGAAUACUGCCGGCGCGGCCGCCGUCGGGCCAUCACAGACCAGGAUAACUGGUCACUGGCGAUACGCGUGCACCGAAUGCGGCCAAUCAUUCAGACAGCGCCACAGUCUCGACAAACACCGACUGAAAGUCGGCUGUACCUCAAUGGGUGCAGAGGCGCCGCCGUACCGGUGCUUAGAGUACGGCUGCGACCAAUGGUUUUACACCGAAUCACAGCUCAACAGCCACUGUCACACACCGCUGGCCAACCCGUGCCGCGAGUGUAACAAGUAUUUCAUAAAACCCGAGCACCUUUUACUACAUAAUCACAACUGUCACGGCGUACCGUUGCCCUACCCGUGCGAUUAUGACAGUUGCGACAGACAAUAUGCCACUCGCGAGAGAUUAGUUUUGCAUAAGUUUAAUUGCAAUCACAUUACGACUAACGAUGGCGUUUUGCAGCCAAACAAUACACCCAUUGCCGCCGCCGCCCAACCCCUCCCACACUUACCUGUGCUCACCUGUGGUUUCAGCGAUCCGGUAGUGCCGCCGAUGCCAUCGCUCUCUGACCUGUCGUUAUUCUCGGCCAACAAUCCUCAUCAUAGGCCGUCCAUCGCCACCACCACCGCUGCCACCGAUGAUAACGCUGUUGUCGUGAAUACUGCCGACGCGACCGCCGAGCCAUCACAGGCCGCCAACACUGGUCACUGGCGAUACGCGUGCGCCGAUUGCGGCAAAUCAUUCAGACGGGGCAAGUGUUUUAAAAAUCACCGCCGCAGAGCCGGCUGCACCGCACCGCGUGCGCCGACGCCGCCGUACCAGUGCUUAGAGUACGGCUGCGACCAA